AUGGAGGGUAGCGGGAGAACAACGAGAGGAGGGUCCAUGGAUGGAUCUGCAAGGAAGAUGGAUGCAAGGCCCUUGGGAGAGCCUAACCUAAGUGACCUCGCGAAGCCAUGGACGAAGCUGGGUGGCUCCAUGGUUAGGGUGAAGAUGGGCAACACCGGUCUAGGCGAGGGCCUCGUUAAGCAGGGCAUUGGUGCAAAGGGUGGCGCCCAUGAUGCAGGUGACGCCAUAGGAGGCAAAGGUAGGGGUGCCCAUAGCGUUGGAGGAGAUCACGACAGCGCCCUUGGCACGGGAAUUGAAAUGGAUGGAAGUACUGGCUCCAUGGACGAUGGUGCUAGGGGCUCGGACAGUGACACUUUGGGUGGCUUGGGUGGUGUCUUGGGUUGCUUGGGCGACACCUUGGAUUGUGGGGCUGACGUCGUUUUAGAUAGAAGAAAGGGCCACGCCAUGAUAGGCGGUGCCAACUCACCUGGCGGCACCAACUCGCCAGGUGGCGCUAACCCGCCAGGUGACACCUAUGUUGCGUCGGAUUCACUAGGUGAUGCAAGAAGCGCACCAGGUGGCGCUGUUCUUGGAGGAUUAGGUGACGCCAGUAGAGGCUCGGGCUUGCUUGUUCUUCAAACGGGUAAGAUGUUCUUCAUAGACUAA